GAGGGGGAUCCUCCUGGCCAGCAGCCUACAGCGAAUAAAUGUAAAUACAAAAUGCUCCUUAAGUACAUGCAGAACCCAGCCCAGCCCUUGGCUAUGCUUCGACCCAAUGGGCUGAGUCGAAACUCGAAGCACAGCAAACAAACACUAACGCGUCCUUGCGUUCAGCUGCAGCUGUAAGUCCUCCUAGGGAAUCUAGGCAGAAGAGAAGGAGGGGGUGCGUUUCUGUGGCAAGAUCUAUCCGUGGCACGCCCUUUUUCUUCGAUGUUGAAUAGACGAAUGCCGCCCUGCGAACAGUAGCGUUUAAAAGAAAAUACAGCACAUGCAAACUGUAACACAGCAGCACAAGGGAAGAAAAGCAAUCGUAACCAUCUAAUGCCCUGCCGGUCGGUCGAUGUACACACACACGCAUACCCAUUCACCGCUAUGGAGUUCAUCUUAGUCCCGCUGUUGCUGUUGCUGCCCCAAUCGAAGGACGAAUGAAUACCACCGCUGAGGUCAUACUAAGUCAAUGCUGUCUUAUUCCUGAUAUCUCGCACUUGCGCAGAAAGCACAAUUGCGAUUCAACCCUUUCUUUACUCAUCUGUCUCUCAUUCAUUCCUUAUUCCUCCAUUCCCUCAUUCGCAAUUCCUUUAUUGUCUCCUUCUUCUCCCUUAACAGCUCUUUUUUCACUCCCACCCUAUUCUCAAACUUCAAGGUUCUCGACCAUGACAAAGACCAACAAACCCCUGCAUAUCGUCGUCAUCGGAGGUUCCUAUGGCGGCGUGGCAUGCGUCAAUAAGCUGCUUCGCAACCUGCCCAAGGAGUCGAACGUGGCCAUCACUCUCAUCGAGAGCCGAGAUGCCAUGUAUCAUUGCAUUGCAUCAUACCGCGCUCUAGUCCAGAAAGACUUUAUCAAAAACCUCUGGAUCCCCUACACCAAUCUCUUUCUCGAGAGUUCCCCGCAUAAAGUCGUACGUGGCACAGUGGAGAAGGUCUUUUUCGACCACGUCCUGCUUUCGGCUAGCGAGCCAAUGUCUUCCGCAUCAGACAUCACCUUGGCUGAUGAACGCGCAGCUGAAGGAUCUGACCCUCAUCGAGUCGAUUUUGACUACCUUGUGAUCGCUACAGGAUCCACGAACCCAUCACCAUCCAAAUGGAGGGUCAACAAUUCUGCCGAUGGAAUAAAGCUGAUGGAAAAGGCCCAGGAGGACGUCCGUCAGUCGGAGCGGAUUGUCGUUGUUGGCGGUGGAGCUUGCGGUGUCGAAUUGGCCUCAGAAAUCAAGUAUGCGUUCCCGAGCAAGAGCAUCACGUUGAUCCAUUCGGAAUCGGCCCUUGUGGACUACCCCAAGUUCCCGCAGAGCUUCAAGGAUGAGGCGCUUCGGUAUUUGGAGAAGGAGGGUGUCGAGGUGAUUUUGAAUGAGCUUGCAGAAAUCCCUGGCUUGUCAAAGGAGAAUUCUAUCCAGAGAGCAGAGAGGACGAUCAAACUUAAGGGUUCAGGCAAGACAUUCCAGAGUGAUCUGCAGUUCUUUUCGAUCGGCUUGUCAGUUGACACGGGCCUCCUUUCGACAUUGCGUCCUCCACCUGAGAGCAAGGCCGAUGGCAAAAAUAAGAGCGACAAGCCGUUUGAUUUCGAAAAGAUGCUGAAUCCUCAGACAAAGGCUAUCAAAGUCAAGCCGACGCUGCAGCUGGAACAUGACGCAUUUCCGCAUAUCUUCGCAAUUGGUGAUGUGUCGACUGCAGAUCCAGUGCCGACCUGCAUGGCUGCGGUUGCUGCCGGUGAGACCUGUGCACGAAACCUUGUCAAGCUGGUUCACAAGGAAGAAAAGAGGAUUGCGAGAAGACGGAGCGGGGAUGAAGAGCCAGAGAACGAUGAGGCAGAUGGAUAUCUCUGCCGGUCAUGGAACAAGCUGGAGGAUUAUGUGCCAAUUCGACAGCAGAUGGUGCUGGCUAUGAAUCCGAUGGGAGGGGUCUGUCAUUUGCCAGUUGUUGGAACGUGGUUUGGAGGCAUUGCGGCAUGGCUGGUCAAGUCGGGCGAUUUGUUCUCUGGACGGUUCUGGAGGUCGCUGAACAUGUCGAAGCCAACUUCUUGAGCCUGAAAAAGGAAGGGGGGG